AAUGCUCACAAAGUUGGUUAGUUUGGGUAAAAUCAACUCAAUGUGCUUCAGAUCAGUCUAUUAAUACAAUUUAUUUGGGGCACCUUUUGAAGGAUUAGAUCCAGCAAAACACAUCUACAUGAAUAAAGGACUCUAAAAUUGUAUUAUUUUCAAUUAAGUUUUCUAGAAUAUGAUGAUCUAUUUAGAUUAGGAGAUUAUCCAUAUGUGAAUGAUUAUCCUGUAAUGAUCGAUUCCCAAUAGUAUGUACCAUAAAUUGCUUAAUUGGUGGAAUCUCAUGUUAAAUAGAAAUUCGUAAGACUUAUUAACUAUAACAGCAAAAUGCAACAUUUACUGCUGGUGAAUACGAUAAUGGUGAUGUGUGGGCAGCAACUUGGGAUGAGCUUGGUGUCAAUAAUUUCAAAGUUUUGGUUCCAAAUCUUUUAUUAAGACUCUCUGAAUGUAAUAUCAAUUAAAUUUAUAUUAUUUUAGCUAUUGUUGUCAAAGAAUCAAAAUGGACAUGGACAAAAGAAUAAAGAUAUAGAUUACAUGUGACAUAAACUGUACUUGGUCCAUAAGAUUAUACAUAAAUGCCUACUUACUAUUUCAUUAAUGAUUACAACACUGUUCUUUGGAUGUUAGCAAGAUAAUCAAAUAAUUGGACAUCUCCAGCAAUUAGAGGAGUCUAAACUCCUUUAGAGAAAUAAUUGGCUUAAGAUUUAUAACCUAAACCUAAGAUUUAAUCAUUAUUCAGAGACAGACCUGAAAAUAAUACAUUCUUAAAUAGGUUGUUAAAAGCAGUUCAUCAAUGAA